AUGGCAGCCCCUGGACCCGAUGUCGAUACCCAUGUCGAUCCAGUCACCAAGCCUUUACCGCCAUCUCCUUAUGCUCUACCGAUAAGCGCCAUUCAUACCCCCUUCGACCCUAAUGGGAACCCCCUGCCGUUGCUGUUAACAUCAGACGAGACACAACCACUCGACCAUGUACGGGAAGAUCUUACAGUUACGGAAGAAAAAGACGUCAGCUCCAGCCCUACUGUGGCCGUGGUGGAUGUGAGCGAGCCCAAUGAGUGGGAUACUUUGGAUACGAUACACGACUUUCAAGAUGCCGUUGCACGUCAUCAGGCCCUGGAAAGUAGCAACCAUGUCUACCGGCAACCAACAGCAACACCAUGCGAGCCCCCAGCCAGUAAGCCCUCGAAACCGAACAGGCCGUUUCAAAAGUGGAUCAAGACUCUGCACAAACGAGCAGUUCGCCGUCAGGAAGCCAUGGGUAACGAGCAUGCUUCCACGUCUUACUACUUCAACCUUGAUGGGGCGGGCUCGACAGCCUGGGGACCCGGCCACUACCGACCGUCAUCUUCAACAUCCUCUUUUGGUUUCGUGACGGCCGUCAAAAGCGCCAGUAUAUCUCUGACUAGUGCCAGCACUAUUCUGACGCGCUCCCGGAGAAACACCGUUCGAUCAUCCCGUGGCCAGUCGAGGACAGAACGCAGCAGCAGAGCUUCUCUCUCCGGUGCGCGGCUUUCCGAGGAUAGUUAUUGUCCGGAGCGACAGCUGAUGGUGGAUCCUGCGGCUAUAGGGAGGUCGUUGCAGCGACGCCGGGUUCUGGAGGAGCUCAUCAACACGGAAGAGAGUUAUAUUGGAGAUGUGCGCUUCCUGAUGAAUGUUUAUGUUACCAUUCUUGCUUCGCUUCCUACUUUGCCAGCCAGCCUUCGCUCUUCUAUCAAUCAAAAUCUCAAUGACAUUGUUGAGCUGCAUGAGGAGAUGUUAGGCGACCUCCAUAGAGCUAUUCCUCACUCUGAGUAUACACAGCUCAAAUUCCCUCUGCAAGUUCCUUCGGCCGGCUCGGGGUUUCGUGGUCAUCAGCGAUGGAGAAGUCUGGAUGCAGUACCAGAAGACAAGGACGGCAUCUCAUGGCUUCGUGAAGUUCCCGGCAUGCUUGCCGACCCCCAGGUUGCUGCUGAAGUUGCCAAGAUAUUCAGCAAGAAGAUGAACCGAUUUUUCAUCUAUGAGGAGUAUGGUGCCAAGUACGAGCUGAUGAUCAAAGAUGUUGCUUCUGCUCACAGGACAAUGCCUGCAUGGCAAUCAUAUCAAAAGGGCAUUGAGAUUCUGGCUUCCUCUCUUAGCUCGGCUAACAGUCAGGACGACAAACAGAGGAAAAGUCUCACAAUUGGGGAUCUGCUUAUGAAGGUAGGCGAUAUAUCGCAAAAUAACACGCGGAUGUAUGCUAACAAAGACCAGCCAAUCCAGCGUGUGUGCAAAUACCCAUUGCUCUUCGCCGAGUUGCUAAAACACACCCCUGAGGCAGACUGCCCCUAUUCUCAUAUGGAAAUCGAAAACACGCUUAUCCGAUUGCGUGAGGCUACUGCCGAAAUCAACAAAGCUACGGAUGAUUCCAAAAUCAAGUCCACUCUGGAGAAAACAUGGAUCCUCCAAGACCGUCUGGUGUUUCCUAAUCAGCAACUGGAUGCAGCUUCAAAGAAUCGCAUUCGAUCAUUCGGCCAUAUCCAAUUGUGCGGAGCUCUGCAUGCCUGUUGGCAGACAAAAGAAGGCGUCAACGGGAAGUACAUGGUUGCUCUACUGUACAAGGAAUGGUUCUGUCUAGCUACAGCUAGUAGGACUGACCAGAUAUACACGAUCCAAGCUUGCAUUGCUUUGAGCAACGUCAAGUUGGAAGAAGUGGACAACGGUCGAGGCCUUCAAUGUCACACCGCGCCACAUUCCUGGAAACUCGUGUUUCUCUGCGACCACCAGUUGUACGAGAUCAUCUUGACAGCAUGCACGCCGAAGGAGGAGAUGGAAUGGCGUACACGCCUCGGAAACCAACAGACCACCGAGGGCCAAGACCAGAUGCAACCGGCAACUUUUAGCUCGCUUUCUCUGAAUAUCAAGACUCUGGGAGCUGUUUUUAGAAAGCCAGGAACCAUUGCCAGGAAGAUAUCUAUCCAUCGAGCGACCACCGUCGGGCCCAAGUCACCGUUAUGCCAAGUGAUACUUAAGAAUACAAGUGUCAUCAAGGAUGCACCCGCUUCGGGAACAAACUCCUCAAUCAGUCGAUCUCAGUCCCUUCUGACCACCAAUACCCGACUGCCAGUCCUUGCGCCAUCUCGUGAAGAACGGGCUCGACUCGAGACUCUGCUGUCAGAUGUCUGGACCCGGGAUAUCCUCCCCUUCCCCGGAAUAACGGCCCGAUCCCGAAGCGAGCAGCUAGUCCGAGCAUCGGCUUCAUCCAUGAUACGAAAGCUUAGUGUGGUGAGCAUUACGAGCAGCUUUACCAAACGCUCGGCCAGUUUGACCAGUCUCCCACGCAAAGGAGGGAGUGGCAGUAACUGCACAGAAGAGGAAACUUGUGUCGGCUCCACUGCCACCAAGGGCACAACAAGCCCCAAAGUCCUGAGCAGAGUCUGCCACAAGGCGGAGGAAACCAGCCGUUCUCUGCUUUCCGUGAUUCCCGAUAAGAUCGAGAGACGUAGUCCUAUGCUUCGCAGCGCGUCUGACUCGGUGGGUAAAGAGAUGUUUAGUGUGGUACAUCAGCUAGACCGAGGUCGCGUUCGGUCAGAGAGCGAAAGUGAAGGGGCACAGAUGGUUCAUAAUGAUUUCUCAGGUAUUCUGCAACAUUCAUCGGGAAAUAGCUCGAGGGCGCCGAGCAUCCAGCAGUCGAAUCUCAGCAAGCAGACGACCAGGGAGAUGUCUUUCCGGAGAGGAAAGGAGAAUGAUGGCUCGGCUGGUGACGCGGCUAGUGUUAGAGGUAGCGGGAAUAGUAUAUUAUCCGGUGACUCUGAGUACAAGGGGUCGACGCCGAGGAAACUGAGGAAGAGGUCCAAGACGUCAAUAUCAACCACGACGGGGAACAAGUGGGCAAAGGUAAACGUGCAUAGGGAGGUUAUGGUGCAAAGCUUGAGGAAUAUGUUUCGGUGAACAAAGAAAGAGGUGAAAUAAUGUUUACUGGGUCAGGCAAAAUUUGAUGACGGGCGGCAAGGGCAAGACGGUCGGCAUUAUUGGGUUGGAAAGGUGGCCGGAUAAAAGCAUCUCUUAUAAUACCCGCGUGUUUUUUCUUCUCAUGUUUAUGGCUUCAUGGUUUUACGGACUUAUAAGGAACGACCAACAGGUGUUGAAUACCGUCUCGGCAACGGGGUCAUCUGCUCGAGGAUGGUAUCGAAAUGGGUUGCCAAAUUGUUAUCUCAAAAGUUA